AUGGGAAGAAGAAGAACCAUCGACUCGUGUCAGAGUGCAUGGCACAAGCACGCGCGUCUGAUCUGCCCCCUCGUCGAACCAUACGAGCCAAGUUCUUCCUUUGCGAUGCCAGUUUUGUUUAUUGGAAAGCCCAAGGAGUCCACCACCGAAGAACACACUACUUCACCAUCGUCAAUCACCACGGUCUGCUACAUCUCAUUCACCGGUGCAUGGAUGGCGUCUGUCUGCCUGGGAACUGCCCUGGGUUACUCUUCACCAGCAUCCACCAGCUUGAGCAGCCAAAUCGUAGACGUCGACGAGGAACAUUCUAUCGUACUUCACCACGACGAGAUGUUCUGGUUCAGCUCUGUCUUCCCAAUAGGAGGAAUCCUUGGCUGCAUUGUGGGAGGCCCUACGUCGCAAUACAUGGGCCGCAGACCAACGCUGUAUCUCUGUUCCGGAGGCUUUACCCUGUCCUGGCUGGGAAUGUUCUUCUCGGAAACAGACGUCCAGAUAAACUUUGGCCGCCUGGCGACGGGAUUCUUCGCCGGAGUCGUUUCCAUGGUUUCUCCUGUCUACAUUUCCGAACUAUCACCCGCUGAGAACCGCGGUUUUUACGGAGGCGUCGUGCAGCUUGGCAUCGUCAUUGGCAUCUUUUACUCUUUCUGCCUGGGACGGUACCUGAGCUGGUCCCGGAUAGCAUUGUUUAGUAUUGUGCCUCCCAUACUGAUGGUUCCCGUUGUCUACCUCAGCGUCGAGUCUCCCCGCUGGCUAUUACUCAAUGAGAAGAAGCAAGAAGCUCUGUCGACACUCGAGCUUCUCCGCAGAGGCGGCUCAGGGAUGGUAGAGGAAGAAUGGAUGGAGAUUGAAAAGACGUUCCCCAGUCGCGAGACGCCCAAGAGCAACAUCAUCAUGGGUUUGCAUCUCCUGUUCCUACAGCAGUUCUCCGGUAUCAACUCCAUCAUCUUCUACGCGUCAUCGACGUUUCUCAGUCUAGGAAUCCAGCUAUCCCCUCAUGACUGCAGCAUUAUCGUUGCCCUACUACAGGUAAUAGCCACCGCCGCAACUAUCGACCUGUUGGACCUGUUGGGACGUCGCUUCAUGAUCAUCACGUCGUCCUUUCUGUGCCUCUUAAUGCUGAUCCUUAUGGGACUGACCGACGUAUGGUUCGAGCAGGUAACCACGGACGAAGAAACUAGGUUCGUUCACAUUAUGAGGCCCAUGCUCAUAGCACUUUACAUCGUUGGCUUCUCGAUCGGCUUGGGGCCAGCUGUGUGGAUCGCGGUGGUCGAAUUGGUCACGUGCCGCGGCUAUGGCAUCCUCAUGGGCAGCGUGGUUGGUUUCCACUGGGCCUGCGCGUACACGGUGACGAUGCUGCAGGAAGACCAACGAGACGAGGUGCAGAAGGGCAGUUCAACGUGGCUCUUUUGUGCCACCAGUGUCGUCGCACUUGCGCUUCUGGUUCCGUUUCUUCCCGAGACGAACGGAUUGACCCUAGAAGCUAUUCUUCUGAAAGAAGUUCCAGAUACUCCCACGCCAGCCGAGUACGAAGACCUUAGACUCCACGGUACGAGGCAGGGGAAGCUCUUCGGCGCUAUUGGACCCGAAAAAGCAAUGGACGAGAGUGAACAGGAGUAUAGGUUAGGCGAUAAGCCCUUCAGGUUCAUCGACUUCGGACAAGAUAAACAGGAUGCUAUCAAACCAGAGAUAACUAGCGAUGAUAUCGCGCGUGUUAAAUUUAAUAAGGUGGUGGAGGAUAAAGUCGAUAAAGCGAGUCGUACCAAGCCAGAUCGGAAAUCGUACGAUAUGAGACAAGAUAAUCAAGAAGACAAGAAGCACGACAUCAAGCAGAAGGGAAAGCCUCAGUCUCCUGGUAAGAGUGGAGGCAAUAUGACACCCGAUCACAAACGUCGAGCCCUUGUGGCUAAUGGCCAUUCUCCAUGGGAAGAAGAAGAAGAACCAUUCGAUCUGGUCGCGUGCUCAUGUGUCGAUCUCUCACCGCGACAGAUAGAGGAGGACAUGAACUUGAACAAUAUUCCCGCUGCCUCUGUUGUCCCCGAAGAGAUCAAGCCAACCCUAAGGCACCUGAGCAGCGGCUACCUGCAUGUCAUGUUUGCCCCGUGGGUUGCAGUGUUGUGCUUGGGAAACGUCAUGGCAUACGGAGUGUCUGCCGAGCGCAGUAUGCGCGGCUUUGACCCUCCGCCUUUCGACUUUGGAGAUUCACAGUCAGAGUGGUUUACUUUCUUUCUGGACGCAGGUGCCAUUGCUGGAUGCAUCCUAGGAGGUACCAUUGGCCAGCUAGUGGGUCCAGUACACACCCUUCACCUGUGCGCUCUGGCAUUUAGUGCGGGCUGGCUUUGCGUCAUCCUUACUCGAACCAUCUUCCUCUUGUACUUGGGUCGCAUCUUGAAAGGCUUCAGCUGCGGAAUGGUGGCAGUCUGCGCACCUGUCUACGUCACCGAGACCGUCCGGGCAGAGUUCCGUGGCUUCUUCGCGGGAACGCUGCACGUUGUCUUCAGCCUUGGGGCUCUCCUGUCCGUCAUCGGUGGCCACUUCUUGAGCUGGAGACUCCUGGCUUCCGUAUCGUGCGUGCCCGUUGUGGUCAUAUUCCUGGCUAGCAAGUACGCCAUCGAGACGCCCCACUGGCUGUACCACGUGGGUCGAACGUCGGACGCUCUGGAGGCGAUGUAUCACCUGCGGGCGCAGCACACCGAUGCUAGGGAGGAGUUUGCCCGGAUGGAAGCGUGGUACAUUUCUGGCAGGACCAGCGCUAGGGCUGUCACCUGUGCCGUCCUGGUGUUCUGCAUACGGGAGACGUGCGGCUAUGGCUACAUCGUAAUGAAAUCUCCCAAGUUUCUCGAAGCGCUGACGGCGAGCGACAGCGCCCCGAACGUCAGCAUCGUCGUCAGCAUUGUCCAACUCAUCCUUGCCCUAACGGCCACAUUCCUCAUGGACCUUGCGGGGCACCGGCCCCUCUUGAUGCUCUCUGCGCUCACUGUCAUCAUCAGUGACUUCGCCCUUGGCAUUAUCAAUUUCUUCGAAGUCAGCGGCAAAGGGUCUAACCUGCUGGCCCGCCUGUCUAUGGCCUUCGUCGGUACUUUCGUGAUCGGCUACUCCCUCGGUCUCGGGCCCAUACCAGGCAUUUUGGCCGCAGAGCUUGUCCCGCCCAGGAACCACGGACUCCUCACCGGGCUUGUGUACAGCACCACUUGGAUCGCGCACAGCAUUGUCAAGGUCUUCUUCCAGAGGGGACUUAUGAGCGAGGCGGUGGACUUGUGCGUUAUCGCUACGAUCACGGCGUUGGAAUUAUUUUUGGCGAUGUCGCUCCUUCCAGAUACGUCCCGCCUUCGCCUGGAACAAAUCGCUGCGCUGUUUGAAGGAGAAGCGAAGACACCAGCUCUGCCUCUGCUGAGUGGCGUCUCGCCCGCAGUGGCCAUCCCGGCUCCAGUUGCGAGGAGGAGGUCUCUCAAGACGUUCUUCUUGAGGAAACUUUCCGCUCCUGCUCCUCCUGAAGCCGCGGAAUAAUUUGUUAACGGACAAAGGUGGUUGAUUGGUUGACGAGGAGUAUGAAGUGUAGUGUCCCGUCCAGCUUAUGAGCGUCUCUCGACGCAAAUGAUUAUGUAUUGUGCCCAGUAGCUCGCAGCACUAAAGUAGUUAAUAUACUAUAAUAUAUAUAUAUAGUUCA